AUGGAGGCCAAGCAGAGCAACCAGAACUUCAAAUUGGAGAACCUGUUCAGUGUGAAGGGCAAAGUGGCCCUCAUCACCGGCGGUGGCUCCGGAAUCGGCCUGAUGGCCGCUCAAGCCCUCGCGGUUAACGGCGCAAAAGUCUACAUCACAGGCCGCACAUCCGAGAAACUUUCCACAGUAACAGACCUCUACAACAAAGAUAUCCCCGGCGAAAUCAUUCCCAUCACAGCCGACAUCACAGACAAAGCAUCAAUCGAAAAGCUCGUCCAAACCAUUUCCGAGCGCGAAAAGUACCUUUCAAUCCUAAUCAACAAUGCCGGAAUCUCCAGCCAGCCCCAAACAACCGAACACGAAGACCCAGAAGAGCUCCGCAAAUCCCUCUUCGAAGAAGGAGCCGCCGAUAUCGCAGAAUGGGACUCCGUCUUCCGAACCAACACAUCCCAGCUAUUCUUCAUGACAACCGCUUUCCUGCCCUUGCUCUCGCGGGGCUCCGAGGUUGAACAUGGUUGGUCGAGUACCGUGAUCAACAUUACGUCGAUCUCGGGAAUCGUCAAGGUUUCGCAGCAUCACUUCGCGUACAAUGCGUCCAAAGCGGCGGCUAUUCAUCUGACCAAGAUGCUGGCGCACGAGACUAUGACUUCGAACCAGAAAAUUCGGGUUAACAAUAUCGCGCCGGGAGUCUUCCCUAGUGAGAUGACUACGGGUGAGAGCGAUGAGAAGCAGAAGAGUUUCAUUCCGAAAGAAAAGUACGAAAGUAAGGUACCGGCGGCGAGGGCCGGAAAGGAGGAGGAUAUGGGAAGUGCGUACCUGAAUGGGCAGACUAUUGUUGUCGAUGGUGGAUAUGUGUUGGCUGCGGGAACUGUAUGA